AAUUUGUUCUCCAACAAGUUGUUACAACCACAGGUAUGAACUACUUUUUGACUGGAACUGAAGUCUGGUAUACUGGUAAUGGAUUGAAUAAGAAAGCAACAAUAGUUUCAGUUAAUAAUUCAGUCAAAGGACAAGUUAUUAUCUAAUUAAAGGCUGAAAUUGCUUGGAGAUCAGUCACAAUUAAAGUUACCUCUACUUUAUCGACAACUUAAGCAGGAGGAAGAAGACUUUUGGAAUAAACUACAUAUGAUCCAGUAAGUGGACAAACAGAUCCAAUAGAAUGCAUCAAGGCAGAAGGAGCAGAAACAUGUCCCGACUGUGAUCAAUAAUGUGAUGCUUAAGGUUUUGCUAGUGAUAAUUGCUCGAGCAUGCUCAUCUUCAAACAUCAUAGCAUUUGCUUUCGUGCUAUUGCUUUUAAUAUUGGUUUGAUUUAUUUUUCAUACAAAUUUGUCAUAUAAAAGUAAAUUAAAUAUCAAUCAUAAUUCUCAGUAUACUAAAAGUAAUCCAAAGAUUACUAUUUAUUAAUAAAAUAUUAUUGUUUUGCUCCCUCCUACUCCUACAAUUUUUUUUUCAAUUCCAAGAUCUCUAAAUAUUCAUAUUUGGAAAAAUUUUCAACAAUUUAUAUUUUAUAAACUUAAUUAUGUUGUAAACUAAAUUUCUAUAGUAUAUUCAUCAUUUGA